AUGGGCAGCAGCCUUUGUGCUACAGACGCCGGUGGAGCAAAUGCCGAACCCGUCCACGAGCUCUUGUUCCCGAUGUAUGUGGUGAAGGUGUCUGACUUCUGUCAGAUGGAUGGACCUCCGGAGCCGCAUCACCUUAUGAAGUCUCAAGGUUUGCUACACAAGUGGCGGCCAGGCAUGUUCGUGAUAUUUGUUUCGCAUCAGUGGCUGAGCUACACCCAUCCAGACCCUCAUGGACGGCAAACUGCAGUGCUUCGCAGCACCCUUGAAGGUGUAAUGUCUGGGUCGCUAUACGUUGAACCAGAUACCGUAUCAAUACCAUCUGGGAAGGCCUUGUCCCCGACCAUUCGCCAACAAAUUGGGGAUGGAUAUCUGUUCUUGGAUUGGUACGCGAUACCGCAAAUCACAGCUCGACAGGAGGGAGUCAAUGAAGAAGUGACAAUGACGGACGCAGCACUUGCAGUGCAGAGUAUCCCUGCAUACGUGGAGUUGGCGAACGUGUUCAUUGCUCUCGUUCCGGCACUGUUGCAUACAGAAACAGGGAUGCCGUGCAACUACGUCUCGUGGCAGUCCAGAGGGUGGUGUCGUGCGGAAUGGUGGUGCCACCUUCUAUCCAACAAGCCAGACACCAGCGUCAUCGUCGUCUAUUCUUGCAGGGAGGCCGAGUUCAUGUUUCCCCUGAGCUGGCAGGAGAACAAAGUUUCCGAUGGUGAGUUUACCGUGGAAGCAGACCGGAGAGUUGUAGCAAAGCUCGGUGAGCGAGCGUUGGAAAGCAAGAUCAGGUUUCUCUCGACGGCUGGGCCACUGAGUAAGUAUCGUUUCUACUUGGCGCAGAGGCCUUCACUACUUUGCCAACGAAGCGAAGAUUUCGGCCUAAUCGAGUUCCUCAGCCACUUUCGCUUCCCGGAACGCCUUGAAGAGGCGAUCCAAGACACUAGCAGUAUGAACCCAAUCUUAUGUGCGGUUUUUGCCGGCGACGCCAAGAUCUUGCGUGCACUUCUUGAAAACAGGGCGGAUGCGAAUCAAAAGCUGUAUGGCCUGUCAGACCUCGGCUUCUACGAUGGCCAGACCGUACUAAUGGCAGCGACGAAGUCGCGCCAGACACCGGAGGUUCUGUCCACGCUCAUCGGGCUGCGUGCGGAUGUGAAUGCGGCCACCAGAAUAGGCCUCACCACCGUAGCCUUGGUAAGAGAUCCUGGGCAGCUGCGAGUUCUCAUGGAAGCGCGGGCCGACAUUCACACGCCAGGGAGGCCUUUCGGGCUGUCCCCACUAGCAGGCGCUGCUGUGUGGGCUUGUCCCGAGACCAUCUCGGCCAUGCUGGCGGCAAGAUGCGAUCCCAAUUUCACGCCGCACGGCGUUGGAUAUGGCCCAUUGCAUGCUGUAUGCCUGCAGGCACGCAACAGUAGAAGGGCUAUCGACAUAGCAAGGAUUCUGCUAUCUAGCCGGGCAGAUGUCAACUCCAGGGCAGCUCCGGUUGGAGUUUUCCAGCUUGGAUGCUGGAUAGCGCAGGCUCGUGUGGCCAUGAGAGGUUUCGGGCACUGUUCCAUUGUUGUGAAAACCAUGGCUGCCCUUCCGGGCCUGACGCCGCUUGGUGCUGCUGCACUCAUUGGUGACGAGGGUUUAGCCCGUCUUCUCUGGGAGAACCAUGCCGAAGUGCUUGCGAACCAGCGAGGCGACUUACCUGAGGACCUGGCGAUUGCAAAUGGACAUGAUCACUUGCUCCCUCUCCUCGCAUCCUUUGGCGUGUGA